AUGUCUUCGUCCGCUCCUCCUGUGAAGAAAACCAGAAAAAAUGCUCCUGGUGCUCGUUUGGAUCCAGCAUGGAAACAUGGCAAGGAAAUUGAUGCUGCAGCAAAGAAGGUUCAAUGUAAGUAUUGUAAUGUCAUUCGUGCUGGAGGGAUUUAUCGAUUAAAGCACCACUUGGCUUGCACACGUAAAGAUGUUGAACCAUGUCCUCAAGUCUCAGAUGAGGUUAGGAAAGAAAUGCUUGAGUUGAUAAGAUGUAAGAGUGAAGAUUCUUCAAAAAGAACUAAAAGAAAGUUUAGUUCUUCAUUGGAAUCAAUAGAUGGAGAUGAAGUUGAACAAUUUGGUUCCAUGGAUGAAUUUGUUACUAAAAAAAUAGGGGGAUUGAAGGGAAAACAAACAACUCUAAAUGGGAAGUGGAAAAAACAUGAGAGGAAUGAAGUUUGUCAAACUAUAGCUCGAUGGUUUUAUACCAGUGCUAUUCCAUUUAAUGCAGUGAAUAAUCCUUUCUUUUCUAAAAUGGUUGAACAAAUAGGAGAAUUUGGGAGAGGAUUAAAACUACCUUCAUAUUAUGAGAUAAGAGACACCUUUUUGAAGAGAGAAGUGGUUGAAACCUUGAAUGUUAUUCAAAAAUAUAAGGAAGAAUGGUCAAAAACUGGUUGCACUAUUAUGUCAGAUGGCUGGACUGAUCAAAGAAAGAGAACAAUGUGUAAUUUUCUUGUUAAUAGUCCAUCUGGAACUGUGUUCUUAAGUUCAGUAGAAACAACUGAUAUUUCAAAAACUGCUGAUAAAAUAUUUGAAAUGUUGGAUGAUGUUGUUGAAAAGGUAGGGGAGGAAAAUGUUGUGCAAAUUGUUUCAGAUAAUGCUGCUAAUUACAAAGCAGCUGGGAAAUUGUUAAUGGAGAAAAGGAAAAAUUUGUUUUGGACUCCUUGUGCUGCCCACUGCUUGGAUUUGAUGUUAGAGGAUUUUAACAAGCAUGAUCCAAUGCAAAAGGAAACAAUAGCAAGAGCUAAAUUGGUGGUCUCCUAUAUUUACUCUUGGGGUACAGUUGUUAAUUGGAUGAAAGAGUUCACAAAAGGCAAGGAGUUGGUUAGACCCGGUGUUACUCGUUUUGCCACGUCAUAUUUAACUAUGAGACGCCUUCUUGAAUUGAAAGGUGAGCUAAUUGCUUUUUUUGCAUCUGAAAAAUGGAGAGGCAGCUCACAUGCUAAGAAGAAAAAAGGACAAGAAAUCUGCAACAUCAUUUUUGACACUCAAAAUUUUUGGCCAAAUGUUGAAUUGUGCUUAAAGAUUGCAUCACCACUUAUAAAGGUUCUGAGAAUGGUUGAUUCUGAUGAUAAGCCAGCUAUGGGUUUUCUCUACAAAGCAAUAGAACAUGCAAAAGAGGAGAUUAAGGCAAAUUUAAGGAGUGCUAAAAAGAGAUAUGAGCCCGUUUAUGCUGUUAUUGAUAAGAGAUGGGAAAGCAUGCUUAGUCAGCCAUUACAUGCUGCAGGCUAUUAUUUGAAUCCUCAAUAUCAUUAUAGUCAAACUUUUCAAAUAGAUGUGAAUGUCAAGCGUGGACUUUAUGAAUGUAUGGCCAGAAUUGUUCCUAAUGUUACUGAUCGAGAUAAAAUUGACCAACAAUUGGACAGAUUCAGAAUGGAAAAAGGAUUAUUUGGCAUUGAAAAUGCUAUUCGAUCAAGGAACACAAAAUCACCAGCUGAUUGGUGGCAUUCUUUUGGGGAUGAUUGUCCGGAGUUGCAAAGAUUUUCUAUUAGAGUUUUAAGUUUGACAUGCAGCUCUUCAGGAUGUGAACGGAAUUGGAGUACAUUUGAAAUGGUACAUUCAAAAAGGAGGAACCGUUUAGCGCAAAAAAGGAUGAAUGAUUUGGUUUUUGUGAUGUAUAACUUGAGAUUAAGAGAAAGAGAGAGGGAAAGAGAAAAACAAAAGAUGAUGAAUGUUGAAAAAGAUCCAUUUGAAAAUUUUCCUUCUGAUGAUGAAUGGAUAACAGAGAUAGAAGAUCCUGUAUUACCAAAAGACAAUGAAUGGUUGAGAAUUUUAGAUGAAAAUCAAAAUCAUGACACUACAGAUGAGGAGGAAAAUGAUGAGGUUGAAGUCAUUGCAUCACAUAUAAUGAGGACUAUUGAUGAAACACCUAGUGAAUCUCGUGGAAAGAGAAAACAAGUCAAUCAAAUGCACAACUUUCACUUAGUUAAUGAAGAAGAGAAUGUAGAUGGUUUAAAUGUGAUCAAUGAAGAUGUUGUUCAAAUGCCAAAAGUGGAUGAAUCUGUUAAAAUUGUUGGCCACAAUGAAGAUUAUGGAUUUGGAGAUAUUUGCUAUGGAUUUGAGAAUGACUUCUAA